AUGCCGAUUCCGGUCGCACCGAGGGUCGCGCCGGGCCUCCCAUGGUUUCGUGACGACGAUGAGCUACCUGCUCCCCUUCCGACGAAACGUCAGAUUGAGAGCUCGACGAUGGAAUUCCCAAGCAUAUUCGACCCGAGUGCUCGACGAACUGUUCUCGUCAAUGGAGUUUUUGUGGUAAAAUAUGGACCGGCCGUCUUUGAGAAUGAAGGACACGCAUUGAUGCUGAUGGAAGCCUAUCCGAGCAUUCCCGCCCCUCUCCUCCACGCCAUGUAUCGUGACGACGGCACGCUGUACAUCGUCAUGCAGUACAUCCCGGGUCGUCAGCUGAGCGACGUGUGGCCAAAUCUGACCGAGGAUGAAAAAUCGUCCAUCGUGAGCCAGCUGAGGGCCGCCUCGGAGAGUCUGCGGUCCAUCCCGUCGCGGGGAUUCUACGGAGGUGUGUUUGGAGGACCACUGCCGCACAGAUACUUCUUCUCCUCGGACAAAGAUCCUCGCAUCACGGGGCCCUUUUCUGCCGACGAGGAUCUGUGCCACGCGCUCGUCUUGCGCUCCGCCAAGAACUGGGAGGCCUGGGGACGACGAGGCUGGAUGACGGAGUUUUUCGCUCGUCACUUGGCCGCAGCACUUGGCGGCCACGAUGGCUUAUUCGCACACUCGGAUUUCCAACGCAAAAAUAUACUGGUGCGGGAAGAAUUCUCCGCCCCAUGCAACGGUUCGAGCCCCCCAAAAUCCUUCCGGGUCGCAGCCAUCUUGGACUGGGAGUCUGCGGGUUGGUAUCCGAGCUACUGGGAGUAUGCCCUAUGCUUUGCGUACUUUGACUGGUCCGACGAUUGGCCUGAAAAGGUUGAAAGCAUCCUCGACCCAUACGUGAAGGAAUCCGCGCUGCUGAGGAUGGUCGGACAGGACAUGGAUUUGUAG